CCCGUUUCGCAGGUUCUCCCCCCCGACGCGCACAUUCAGUCUUACAAUUCCAGGGUUCGCGCUUCAGUCUGCGAACUGCCUAACCUCCCAAGAAAGAAAAGAGAGAGAGAGAGAGAGAAAAACCCCUAUGGAAACAGCGCAAAAAACAGCGGACGUUUCUCUCCUGCGCCUCUCCUCUCCCUCUCUUCUUAUGAGUUUUUGACGUGUUUUUAGGGGGGUUCAGGGGCAGCUCGGAGCGCACAGGCUGAGCCAUGACUCUGAGCUCAGAGAUGUCGGAUGCCUCCCUCCUUUCGGAAGAGACCGACAUCGACGUGGUCGGCGAGGGCGAGGACGGCGACGGCCACACGCGCUCCUACGUGGACGAGGUGGCGCAGAUGCGGGACGGCAUCCUCCUGGCCGGCUCUCCUCCUCCUCCUCCGUGCCUACAGGACGGCUCCACCUCCACCUCCUCCUCCUCCAGGGAUGCCUUCAAGCCGGCGGGGAAGAACGCCCUGGUGAAGCCCCCUUACUCCUACAUCGCCUUAAUCACCAUGGCCAUCCUGCAGAGCCCCAAAAAGAGGCUGACGCUCAGCGAGAUCUGCGACUUCAUCAGCAACCGCUUCCCGUACUACAGGGAGAAGUUCCCGGCGUGGCAGAACUCCAUCCGGCACAACUUGUCCCUGAACGACUGCUUCGUGAAGAUCCCGCGCGAGCCCGGGAACCCCGGGAAGGGCAACUACUGGACGCUGGACCCGGAGUCGGCCGACAUGUUCGACAACGGGAGCUUUCUGAGGCGGAGGAAGCGCUUCAAGCGGCAGCAGACGCAGGACUUGCUGCGGGAGCCCAACGGCUUCAUCCCCGCGGCGGCGGCGGCGGCGGCUGCAGCGGCGGCCGCGUACGGGUACGGACCGUACGGCUGCGGCGGCUACGGCAUCCAGUUGCAGUCCUACCACACGCACUCCGCGCUGUUCGCCUUCCAGCAGCAGCAGCAGCAGCAGCAGCAGCCCAGACAUUCCCACACGCACAUCCCGUCGCCGUCGCUGAUGCCCACCAGCACGGACCUUGCCCGGAGCAGAUUUUACCCGCAGCUCGGGUCCGCUCUGGGCUCCGCGUCCCCGGCGCCGAAAGCGAGCCCCCCGGCGCAGCAGCAGCAGCAGCCGCAGCCGCAGCAGCGUUCUCCCUUCUCCAUAGAGAGCAUCAUCGGCGGGUCGCUGAGCCCCGCCAGGACUCCUCCUGUCAUUGUCCCGGUUUUACCGACCUCCCUGGGGCUCCCCAGCCAGCCGCAGUCCGUCCACCCGGAGGCCGUUUUAGUCGAAAACUUCCCGAACAGAAUUAUCGGCGGCACUAGCGCCUGUUAAAAAAAAAAAAAAAGUCUUAAAACUGCAACAACAACAAAAAAAAAAACUUAUCAAAAGCAGAAACAAACGCUCCCCUCCCCUCUUUGAAGGUAGGAUUAUUUUUGUACGUUUAUUUGCAGCAGAAUGACGGACAUGCAGGAAGAAAACAAACACUAUUUGUGCCUAUAUUCAUGCUGAUUAUGAAACUAUAUAUUUAUGGUAUGGUUUUUUUUAUUAUUAUUAUUAUUAUUAUUUCAGUGAGAAUGGAAAAAAAAUUGACCUCGAAUUUUUCUUGUAUUUUAUGAAGACGUGAUCAAUUUCAGUCACUGUUGUUUUCUUUAGGAGCGUCUCAGGACAGGUUCUAAGUGAUCACAUGUUUAAAUUGUGUCAAACACAUCCAUGUUUUUUUAUAUAUAUAUAUAUAUAUAAUUAUUAUUUUAUGAGCAAAUCAGAACAAGGUUUAAAGGUCUUGAUUUGAAAUUUGUAUUAAAGGAAGAAGAAGAAGAAGAAAAGAAGAAAACAACACGCAAGCAGCAAAGUCAUUUAUAAUUCUGUUGCGAUGUGUUUUGAUUUGAGGUAAUGAAAGCAUUGUACUUUUUUUUUUUUUUGCCAAUUAUGGUGUAUCUGAGGUGUGAAAUUUUUUACACAGUUUGUUUAUUAAGAAGAAUAAAUUUCUCUUUUUGUUUUGCAACAGAGAAAAGAAAGAAAAAAAAAAGUCGAGACAAUAGCCUGUUUUGGGAAAUCAAUUGAAUUGCUUUUGAGCUUUCUGGUGCGUUUAAGUGCAAAGUCAAAGUGCAGGAAUUGACCACUUACAAGUGCGGUUACGCGGCCCCUGCAGCGAGGAAGGGUCACGUCUGGCUGGCGAGCGCGUUUCAGCCUCUCUGUGUGCGUGUGUUCGCAAAUGUAGGCUGAGACACGCUCGUCUCGGUGCCACCGCUGCACGUUUCGGAACAUGCGCAAACGGGCCUUGCGUGUCCAUCCGACCUCUCUCACACUCAUCCUCGUAAUUGCGGUGAGCGGACAGGAGGGUGUCAGCCGGGUGAGGGAGGGGCGGGGGUGCGGCUGUGUUCUCCCUGCCGCCGGGUCACAGAUUUACGCAUCAUGGCCACAGUGCUUGAGAAAAGAAAAAAAAAAAAAAAGUAAUAAUAAUAAUAAUAAUGAUCCAAGAUAUGCUCCCGUUUGACACAUACCGAUAAGAAGAUUUAUUCGAAUUUUGACGGUGAAUAAUCGUUCCUGAAACGAAUUGUUUUAGAAGAUCAAAAGCUAAAAGAGUUUUAAGUAAGCCGGCCGUUUUUAAUGUUAAUGACAUCACAAGUACAGUAAAAGAUCUAGUUUUUUUAUAUAAUUUUUACACAGAAUAAUUUGUCAUACAUACUUUAGUUGUUUUUCUUUUGAAACAUUUUAUACUAUAAAAAAAUAAUUAAAUGCUAGCAAUUAAGAUGAUUUGAAUUUGAAUCAACUAUGGUCAUUUCUGAGAAUGAUGUGUAACAUAAGCUAAAUUCUAAAUUAUAUAUUUGUUCAUGUCAUUUUAAGUAAACCUGAAUGUUUUGAUCGGAAUUUAACUAAUAAUCCAAGCCUCGUUUAUCUUGUGUGGCAUUCAGCAGAAAGAAGUUGCCUUGAUAUGCUUAUAUAGGUUGCAAAGUGAAGGAAUUUCUAGAAUUGUAGUAAAAAGUCAGAAUUCUGUUAAAGAUUGUGACUGGGAAAGUUUUGUUGCUGGUAACAAGUUUAUUUAAAAAAGAGCUAUCGUUGUUAAAGUUGGUUAAAAACUCAAAUUCUUACUCUAACAAAGAAAACGUCUCAACCACAAGUCUGAGGAGAGCUGGCUGCUCUUACUAAGCUACUGAUUCAAAGUAAAACCCAUGUAAACACUCCAGCCUCAUUAUUAUCUGCUGACCACCUGAGCCUAGCUAGCUAGCAGUUAAGCUAACAACUGAAACAGCUGUCUUGAGUUGGUCCAAUUUGUGAUAAAAAAAAAUUCAAAAAAUUAAAAAGUGAGGGAAGUCAUAAUUUAAAUGUCAUUGGAAGCUAAAUUCACGUACUAACAGGCUUGAGAAAAUUGUAUUGAAUGUAUUCACAUUUUCAAAAUUUGUUUUUGCCCGUACAUUGAGUUUUGCGUUAGUGUUGUCCAUAAACUAGGCAAAACUGAAGACGAGCCUAAAUUCUCGAUGUAAAAACAGAACCUCUCUCAACUUCCACUAAGUUGGUUUAAUUGUAUAAACAUUUUAGCCUUA